CCGGGGGGCACAAAACCCUAAAACCCUGCAAUCCUCACCCCAUCCGCGCCCCGGAGCAUCCCCGGGGAACCGGGGGGAUAUCCCAGGGGAGGGAGAACAAUCCCAGCGGAGGGAGAACAAUCCUGGGCUGCCCAGAAGGUUUGGCAGGGCUGGAGCUGCUGCUCCGCGGGGCUCAGGUGGAUCAGGGGCCGAGCUGAGCUGCAGRAAAGCCGUGGUAGUUUGAAAAUGAAAGCUCUCUGUGCUUUCCGAGGCUUUCCGARGCUGCAUGCCGCUGUGUGGCGGGAGCAAACAGGGAUGUAAACAGCCGGGGGCGAGUCUUUAUCAUCACAGAAAAAUUCAGCGGGAGGGGUGGAUGCUGCUGGGGAGAGGAAACGCUGCGGAGGAAACGCCGGGAGCUCUCGGUAAUUUACACAGUGAGAACCCAGAUUUGAGCCUCACCAUGGCCACGGCGCUCAGCGAGAGGCUCRGCCGGCUCUUGACCACCAUGAGGCAGCUCCCGGUGGCCACCCCGGGCACGCUCAGCAGCGCCGAGGUGCCGCCGGUGUUUUGGAAGCCCUACAUCCACGGCGGCUACCGGCCCCUGCGCCAGCCCUGGCUCUAUUAUUUCCGCACGCUCUUCGGGCAGCACAACGAAGCCAUCAACGUCUGGACACAUCUGGGGGCUGCACUGGUGCUGCUGCUGCGCCUGCAGAGCCUCGGGCAGCGCGUGGACUUCGGGCAGGACCCGCAUGCCCGGCCSCUGCUCAUCAUCCUGGCUGCUGCCAUCACCUACCUGAGCUUCAGCAGCCUGGCCCACCUGCUGCAGGCCAAAUCCGAGUUCUGGCACUAUGGUUUUUUCUUCAUGGACUACGUGGGGGUGGCGGUGUAUCAGUACGGCAGCGCUCUGGGUCAUUUUUACUACGCCAUCGAGCCCGGCUGGCACCGGCGCGUGCGGGGGUUUUUCCUGCCGGCGGCKGCGGCGCUGGCCUGGCUGUCCUGUGCUGGUUCCUGCUACGCCAAAUUCCGUUUCCAUCCCUCCUGCUCGCUGCCCGGCCGGCUGUGCCAGGAGCUGCCCUCGGGGCUGGCGUAUCUGCUGGACAUCAGCCCCGUGCUGCACCGCAUCUGCGCCUCGGCGCGCCCCGACCCCGCUCUGCUCUACCACAAGUGCCAGGUGCUUUUCUUCCUCGUCGGCGCCUUCUUCUUCUCCCACCCCUACCCCGAGAAGUGGUUCCCGGGCAGGUGYCACUUUUUGGGGCAGAGCCACCAGAUUUUCCACGUGUGCCUGGUGCUGUGCACGCUGGCGCAGAUUGAGGCCGUGGUGUUGGACUAUGAGGYCAGGAGGGAGAUUUACUCCUCCCUGCAGAGGGACGUGGCUCACGAUUUCUGUGCGCUGUUCCUCGGCACCGUGGCCUGUUCUGUGCUCACAGCCGCCUACAUGGCCCGAAAGGUGAAGAACGAGCUGGCCUUCAAGGAGCAGUGAAUGAAAAAUGAGCUCAGCUCAAAGCCAGUCCCAAACCCAGAGCCAGCCCCAAAUCCAGAGCCAGCCCCAAAUCCAGAGCCAGCCCCAAACCCAGAGCCAGCCCCAAACCCAAAGCCAGCCCCAAACCCAGAGCCAGCCCCAAACCCAGAGCCAGCCCCAAACCCAAAGCCAGCCCCAAACCCAGAGCCAGCCCCAAACCCAAAGCCAGCCCCAAACCUCGAGAUGCUGCUUCGUGAGCUGUUACACAGCGAGUGCUUUCUGUAGGGAAUGGAAGUAAGAGGCGCUUUUUAUGCUUUUUUUAAUCAAGAAUUAGUUCCAGCUUGCUCGCAGAAUGGUACACGGGCUCAGUUCACCUGAAUAAACGGUUGGAACCGAGUGUUUUGUGUGCCCUGAU